UAUAUAACAAUCCCCACUGAUUUAAUUUGUAUAAUCCAAGUUUAACAGAAACAAACAAUUAGUUAAGUGUAAGAAAUGGCAAAGACCCUUAAUUCAAUCUGCUUCGCCACUCUUUUGCUCGUUGUCUUGUUAAUGUCCACCGAAAUCCAGAAGAGCGAGGCGACUUGUAAGAAGUUCUUAGGCGAAGCCCCAGUGCAUCCAUGUAAGGAAAAAGCUUGUAAGGAAGUGUGUAAGGAACAUUACUACCACUCAUGUAAAGGAGAGUGUGAGAUGCAUGGCUACGAAGAGCAUUGCCACUGUUACGGAAAAUACUGAAAAUUACACAAAUAAAAUCUAUCGUAUGAAAUAAAAACAAAUAAAAUCUUAUACAUAUAUAAUGUAAUUGUGGUAUGUUCGAUCUAAUAAGGUAUGUAUGUUUAAGUUGUUUGCUUCAAGUAAAAUGAAGAAUGUUGACCUUCUAAGUUUAUAAUAAGAUCAUGUUGUAUGCUGUUUCGUAUUAAUAAUAAACUAUACUUGUGUUAUGUCUACGUACUUUAAUUCGAUUUAGAUUAAAAAAUACGCACUCGUUUUCUUCACGAUUUUCGUUAUAAUGCUAUCUCUAGCAAAUCGCAAGUAUUAUAAAUCAUAUGCAGCUACAUAUCCACAUAAUGCAUGCUAUUGACAAAUAUAUUAUGGUGACACUAUAAUUUGUAUUUAUUCAGAACUCGGUGAUGAUAAACUUCUUAGUUUCGAGAAUAACUAUUUUACUUUCCCCUACGCUGAUUACCAAAAUUCUUAUUAAACACACAAACUUAUGAAAGUAUAAACUCCACUACUGUUAAUUUCUUCUUGGUAAAUACGUUUUACUCAGGAAAGAUUGAGUAAGCCGUUUUUGUUCAGAGAAUAUCUAAAUUAACUAGGCAUUCAUUUAUAUUUUAUUGUAUACACUAAUUCAAGCAUGCAUUAAAAUGUUUAGGGAACUAGGGUUCUAGCCAGGAGCCUUUGCCGCAAUAAUCUUUCUAUUUAAACCGUUAGCAUUAUAAAGCUAUAGAAAUUAUAAAUCAAAUAAAAAGGGGAGAAGGAUUUGACUUUAAAGCUUUUAAAAGGUCGAGAUAGAUUACCUUACCCGGAUGGUUAAAAGACAUUAAUGAGGAGUUUCAUUAUGAACUAUAGCUAGAAUCAAGUGGCCAUGAAGUCUAGCUAGCUAUACGAAACAAUUACUAUGGAUCAAAUGACCUCUAUAGAAUUAGCCAAUUAGGUAAUACUGCCACUAAGAAAACUUGAAAAUUUGGUUAUUUUAUACCGUUUAAUUUAAUUACUCCCCAAUAAAGCAAAAGGUUGGCAGCAUAUCUAAAUUUUUACUACCAUUUCCAAAGCCAUGCUCGUUAAAAUGAGGAAAAAUCACAUAGCCAACAAAACUCUUCUCAUACCUUUCUACUUCUUUUCUUCCUCUUGUCAGUUGUCACCAGUUCUACUUCUCUACAUCCUCCUAAACCCUUCAAACACUUUUGUUCACCGAAAACCCAGCGGACAAGUUUCCUGCGAACAAUCUGAUCAUGAUACUUCUUUAUCCGGAUUCGUUUUAUGUAUCUCAACCUUUUAUAAUUUAUUUCUGAAACUCCUAGUAGAAAUUGGACUUUAAAACGGCAGUAUUUAAGCCAAGAAAUGGGCCUUACAGGCCACAUAUAUGUAAGAAUGAAACCACGACGUUGCAAAUAGGGUAACAAAAGUCAACUAUAUUUUUGCUAUAAAUAGACUACAACCCCCAUUCAUUAGUAUCACCCAAGUUUCUAAAUACAGAAAGAAGCCAUUACCUAGGAGUAGAAAGAAGAAGCAAUAGCUACAGAAAUGGCAAAGACCAUCAGUUCCAUCUGCUUCACCACUCUUUUGCUCGUUGUCUUAUUCAUUUCGGCCGAAAUACCAAAGAGCGAGGCGACAUGUACGAAGUAUUUAGGCGAAGCCAUAUUGGCGUACCCAUGUAGUGAAAGCUAUUGUGAAGCCAAGUGCGCUGAGCAUUACCACGAGUCAUGCAGAGGAGAGUGUGAGGAUCAUGAUCAUCAUCACGGAGUGCAUUUGACAAAUGACCACGACGAUCACUGCCACUGCUACGGUCGUUAUUAAACUGAUGAAGUAUCGAAUUAAAAAAGUAAGAAUGUAAGCGUGGUGGUUAUGUUGGAUUUAAGUGUAUGUGUGAGCGUUGUUUCCUUUUUUAAAAAUAAAAUAAAAUAGUACGUAGGACGAAGCUGAUGAGUUUGCUUCCCUCUACGUCUAUGAUGUACGUUAUUUCAAUUUGAGUAAUAAUAAAGUUGUUUAUGUAUGUUA